AUGGCUUCGUCAAAGCUUCUCGCCCUCGGGAUCCUCCUGCUCGUCGUCGUCAACCUCGCGACUUUCGCCGUCGCCGACGACGACGACGACGACGACCGUCCGAAGCGCGAUCGCAAGCGGGACGGCUCCGGCAACCGCGACCAGGAUCGCGAAAGGGACCGCGAUCGCGACGGCUCCUGCAGCAAGUCCGGCGGCUGCGCCGGCAGCGGCUCCGGCGGAAGACAAAAUAGUGGCGCCGGCCGGCAGGGCAGCGGCGGCGCGGGCGGGCGCGGGGGCAGAGCGGGACGAACGGGGAGCGGCGCUGGCGCUGGUGCGGGUGCGGGUCGUAGCGGGCGGCUGGGCGGCAGCAACAGCGUGGGGAAGGUGCGGCAGGGCAAGAAGGGCGGCGGAAACUGCAGCGGCGGGUCUGGCUCGUGCAACGGCGGAGGCGGAGGCGGAGGGUCGGGGAGAAACGCAGCGGCAGCGAGCAUUCAGAGCGUCGGGUACGUGGUGGCAGAUAACCGGGAAAGGGAUCGCAAGAGGGAUGGGUCUGGCGACCAGGACCGCGACCGCGACCGCAAGCGCGACGGCUCCAGCUCCAGCUCUGGUUCCUCCCAGUGCUCCCGAUCUGGCGGCUGCACUGGCAAUGGCAGCGUCAGCGGUGCUGGUCGGCAGGGGUCGGGGCAGCAGCAGGGCCGCGGUCGUGGCGCAGGCGCAGGUGCAGGCGUCGGUGGUGGUGGUGGUGGUGGUGGUGGUGGUAGUGGACGUGCAGGCGGAGCGGGCGGCAUGAGCGGAGGGGCGGGGCGGCAGGGAGCGGCUGGACGCACUGGCGCAGGUGCAGGGAAGGGGGCUGGCGCGGGGAUGAGGGGGAGCGGUGGGGGAGGUGGGAACUGCAACGGAAGUGGAUCGUACCCGAGGAUCGUACCUGAAGUGGAGGAGGACCUAUGGCAUGCGUACAACCUCAUUGCUCCGCAUGACCAUGUGCAGAGCACCACGUUCAGGUUCGUGCUCAGGUGGAUGCUCAGGAAGGUGCAGAAGGAGACGGGAAGGGGCGGCAGUGAGUCGGAGAGGAUCAAGCUGAGGCUGGAAGUGACAGUGGAGGUGAGUGGGGAGGGCGGUGGCUAUGCCUCUCUCACGCUGCUCUCAUCUCAUCUGCUCCCGUCAUCGCAGCUAGGGUCAUACCACACACUGGAGCUGGAUCUGCAGCGGGCCUUCACACUCACCAAGACCGACUCAAGGAGGCAUGUGGUGAGUGAGUGGAGCACAGAGGGGGUGCAUGGGGGCAUGUGGUCUGAGACCGACUCAAGGAGGCAUGUGGUGAGUGAGUGGAGCACAGAGGGGGCGCAUGGGGGCAUGUGGUCUGAGACCGACUCAAGGAGGCAUGUGGUGAGUGAGUGGAGCACAGAGGGGGUGCAUGGGGGCAUGUGGUAUGAGACCGACUCAAGGAGGCAUGUGGUGAGUGAGUGGAGCACAGAGGGGGUGCAUGGGGGCAUGUGGUCUGAGACCGACUCAAGGAGGCAUGCGGUGAGUGAGUGGAGCACAGAGGGGGUGCAUGGGGGCAUGUGGUCUGAGGUGAGUGCAAGGACGUGUGGGACUCAGUAUGAACCAGGUCAAGUGGGGCUGAGCUAG